UAUACAUGCAUUCAAAGGUAUGCAUUCUUUUGUUCUUACAGUGAUUCUUUUGAAAUGUUAAAUGUUAAAUGGAAAUUUUAUCUGAAUGAAAACGUUUUUAGAUUUUUAAGUUGUUUAAAUGCAUUUAAUAACACCAGUUUAUUUUAAUAUGUACGUUUUAUAAAUUGUGCAUUAAAAAUUAAUGUGCUAGAGAACCUCAGCACUUGACGUCAAAGGAGUACGAGUAAUGUCAGUAGAAAAUGAAACAAAUAAACAAUCAAAUCAUCAGGAUAUUCUUGAUUCAAUUGGUUGUGAAAAUGGUAAAGACGGGGAGCUAACGAAUGUUGGAACCUAUAAAAAAUCAAAAUCAACAAACAAAGAAAAGAAAACGAAAAGUGAAAAGCCUGACCUAUCGAUAAACGAGGAAAAAAUAUUUUUUGAUGGUAUUCGUUGUAGCAGUGGCAAAGUUCAUGAACUAUCAUGCGUUGGAACUGUUGAUCACUCAGGUUCAAAAGAAGAAGAAACAAACAAGAAAGACCGAAUGGAUAAUUCAGAUAACAAAGGUGAAAAAAGAAGAAAAACAGUUGCCAAGUCAAAAAAUGAAUGUCGCCAACUUACUAAAAAUAUUUUACAAACAUCAGAAACUACAAAAGAUCAACCGGAAAAAUUGCAAAAUGUAUCAAAUGAUACAGAACUUAUGUUAGCUGAGAAAAAGAAAAAGGAAACUAAAAAACAUAAAAAGGGAAAGAAAGAGGUAAUACAUUCGGACCAAAAUGUGAAAUUUGCUGAAAUACUCAGAAAGCGACUUGAAUAUGAAUUAGCUAGACAAAAACAUAAUCAAACCAUUAGCCGUAAUGACAAGGACUCUGUUGAUAUUGACACGACUGUUGCUAAAGAUAACAAAGAAUGCAUGAAGGUAAAAGACCAACUGGUAAUAGAAGAGAAAAACUAUUUAUCUAAACACAAAACAAAUGAAGACGUAAAGACUGGUAAAGUAAAGACUACGUACACAUUGAAAACAGACCAUAACAAUGAACGUAAUACAAAUAAGGAGAAUGAGAGUAAGCUGAUGCCGAAAUCGUCAAAUGAAAUACAUGUUAAAGAUGGAAUCACACAUCGUAGUGAAAAUGAAAAGCAGCCGAAAAAUAAAGCCCAAAAUACUUGCGAGGAUAUUCCUGUCAAAGAUAUCUAUAAACAAUCAAGAAAACCAACGCAUACUCAAUCGAACAAAUGUUUCAUUAUAAGACACGAUUCUGAUCAUGACGAAAAUGAAGGUAAGCCACGAAAAUCCUCACAAUAUAAUUGGUUUCCCGUAAAUGAAAUGAAAAACGGAAAAUUUCAUCGAGCAAAUUCUACUAAAACGUCCCACUCUACACCACAUAAAAGACACUUGUACAAGACAGAUUCUAAUAUAUCUGUUUUCUCAAGUUCCAUAAAGGUAAAUGAAGAAUCUCCAGCCAAUUUGUAUUCUUCUUAUCAAAAUAUUCUCUGUCAUACGCACAAUAAAGAUGAGUUGCAUUGGCGUAUGGGACAGAAGUACCGGUUUUCUGACGUUCAUGAUCGAGACGAAAAUAACGAAAAGCUGAAAUCCAAUGAACCAAAAGUAAAUGAUAACAAUUUGAAAACUCGCAGGAGACAUAACACUAGUAAAGGUAAUGAGACAAAAACGAACACGAAUAUUAGCCACACCACUGAAGCAAAUAGCAUUUCACGAGUGUCUAAGCCCAGAUGCAAUGCCUGGACUGUUGAGGCACCAUACGAACAGGUAGCAGAUGGAGAUACAAGGAAUAAUAAAUAUAGGGAAAAAAUAACCAGAGCAGCACGUCGUCCUCAAAAUCGUUGCCUUUAUUCAGAGGAUGACGAUAAAGACGUAGUUUUAAGAAUGGUACAAAUUGAAAUUCAAAAACAGUACGAAAGAAUAAAUGAGGUUCGUAUCAAAAAUGAGUUAAACCAAAAAGACAGACAACAAGAACUAAAUGCAUCGUUCAAUCGAGAUUUAACAAAAGCGCAAAAAAAAUCCAAAGAGCCAUUUUGUAACCCUAUCAAAAAUAGUAAUGCCUAUAAUGAUGACAAAGGUGUUAAUUUAGUCAGCAAAGAAAACGAUGAAUUACAAAGAUUAAAGGUUAACACUGCAAAGAAGGACAAAACUGAAAAGAAGGAGAAAUUCAUAAACAAGACUUUAAAUAAAGUUUACAGUGAAAAGACCAAAGAUUCAGCAGAGGAUUGGAAUAAUGAAAACAAAGAUGUGUCUUCUCCUAUGGUAAAAAAAUUCAACAAGAAACCAGAAAAUCUCAGGGGAAAGAAUGAUCUUUUACAGUCCGUCGUUGAUAUACAUGAUAUUGGUGUCAAUGUUUCGCCUCCACAUCACUCACAGCAAAAGGUGGACAAAUAUUUCAGAGUACCGUCAAAGAAAGAUCGAAACAAAGUGGUAAGAGUAGGCGGUGGAUGGAGUAAUAUUAAUGACUACUAUAAAAGACAUGUGCCGGUGAAAAGAAGAGAAUACAACAGGUCAAGCAACCAUAAAGGACGAUCAUACCUUAGUUUCCAGUCACAUUACAAAUGUCCUCCAAAACUCAAACAUCAUUCAAAAGUUAAAGAUUUUGCGAGUAAAAAAGUUACAUUGAAUUGAAAUUUUAUGAUUAAGUUAACAAGAACCAAAUUAAGAAACCGUGCUAGUCUUUACAAUAUUAAAUGAAUUUAAAUUGUUUAUUUAUUUUACAAAUAUAAGUUGUUCUUCCAGCCAUGCAAGCCAAUUAAGCGUAGGUCCUGAUAAAAGACGAAAUUCAGCUGUUUAUUAAAGCAAAACGAACGAUUUUUCAAUGUGCGUAUAUUACACACUCUUCAUUAGAAACGCUCAACGCCAAACGUUAAGACAGCAGGAACGGAAGAAUACCUAUCGUUGACUUUCCUAAUAAUCAAUUAUGAAAAGCAUGAAUAGGCGUAUUUUUAUCAAUAGACAACAACUAAGCCACAGUCUGUCUCUUAUUGAACAUUUAAAGGCACAAGAUUUGUCUCCCCUCACACACUAAAGAAGUGCUAGUUUUAGCCACUGCUCACAGCGAUCACUUGCAAACCUUAAGUGAAUGACAAAUUUUAUGAAUGACAACUCAAAAAUUAGAUGAAUGAUAAUUCGUUGCCUCACGUCCUUUGGCAAAUACGACAUGCAUAUUCAGGAAGAGAAGAAAUUUACACUGAAUGUAACAUAAAAGGUAAGCUCUGCUGUCAAAGAUAUAUGAUAAGAAAAUUUAGACUGCGACUUGAAAAUGAAGACAUGAUAGAUAGGGGAAGAAACUUUGCAUCAUAGCAAACCAUCUACGGGCUCCUCAAGGGUUGUUACAAGCUUAAUGGGAACAUUAGUGUGCAGAUAGCGUGGCACUCUCAUUCUGACAAGACGUGACUGCAUAUUCAUACAUUCCGCAGUGCAAAACUGACGUCCCUCUUUAGCUUGAGGUUUAUUGCCGGAUGGCGGAAGUGCAGGUGACCGUAUUUGUAUACCCCAGUUGACCCUUGGGUCGUACAGGUAGAAGCGUAUUGAUAAAUACUAUUUAAAUAUUUUCUUUUCAAACAUAACAACAACAAUGGAACAAAAGAAGAAUGGAAAACAUUUGAUGUCUUGGAAUGGAUGAUACAAAUUCAAGAUCGUAACGAUUUCUUACUUUUGAACAGAACUUUACCUGAUAAUCUAAGAAAAACGUCAAUUCGUGUCAUACAUGUACGGCUUGUUUUAAUAUUCAUCAUCAGAAUUUGGAAAUUUUGUCACUAGUUUGCUCAUUUCUUUUAGGAGGUUAACAUAAAUUGCAAGAACAAUGUCUAUCUUAGAAUAAAUAUUUUAUAUUCAUGA